GAGAGUUCCCGUCAGUCCAUAGCACACACUGGUCCUUCGCUGUUGGAGAUAGCGCGAGAUUUGUUCUCGCUGCUUCCGGUCGGAGAGGACAGAGGAGUCGCUGAGGUAGGGAAGGAUUAAGAAGAAGAAGAAGAAGAGGAGGUCAGGAGGUGGAGACAGUUUGUAAGCCUGUAGACGUGUCACAAAAGCAUCUUUAGGAAAAUACCAUGGGGAACAUCUUUGGAAACCUCCUGAAGAGCCUGAUUGGGAAGAAGGAAAUGCGGAUACUCAUGGUGGGACUUGAUGCUGCAGGAAAGACCACCAUCUUGUACAAACUAAAGCUUGGAGAAAUUGUGACUACUAUACCCACCAUAGGCUUUAAUGUGGAGACAGUGGAGUACAAGAAUAUCAGCUUUACAGUAUGGGAUGUGGGCGGCCAAGACAAGAUUCGCCCACUUUGGAGGCAUUAUUUUCAGAACACUCAGGGAUUAAUAUUUGUGGUGGACAGCAAUGAUAGAGAGCGAGUGAAUGAGGCCCGUGAAGAACUGAUGAGGAUGCUGGCAGAAGAUGAGUUGAGAGAUGCAGUGUUGCUUGUUUUUGCAAACAAACAGGAUCUGCCAAAUGCUAUGAAUGCUGCAGAGAUAACAGACAAGCUGGGCCUUCAUUCUCUCCGCCACCGCAACUGGUACAUCCAAGCAACUUGCGCAACCAGUGGAGAUGGUCUGUAUGAAGGGCUGGACUGGCUAGCCAACCAACUGAAGAACAAGAAGUGAAGGCACCCGACUCUUCCUCCAACAUCCUUACUGUGCUUCCCCAGCCAAACCAGGUUGGGGUUGACUCCUGGUACAGACCACACAAUCCCUCCUGCUUCUCUUGGUUCCAAACUCGCUUUCGUUGCCGUUUUGGUUUGGGGUGUUUUAAUCGGGUGCCGUGUUUCUCCUGGUUCAUCAAUCUGCUGUUACUUGCUGUUUUCCUUGUUUCUUUGAAGAUAUUGGGUGGGAGCAGACAAGUGAGUGUUGGCAGUACAUGCCUGAGUAUUCUGCCCCCUGUAGACAGGGUCGGUUAGAGGAAAGGAAUGGGAGCAGUGCUGUUUUGUGUUUAUGUUGUGUGGAAGCUCCCUUUGCACAUAAUUGUGGGAAUGUGUUUGGCUUCUUGUAUUUGGUUUUAAAUCAUUUUAUUUACAGUACUUCAUCCAAGAUGGUUUAAAUAGUGAAAAAAGGAUCAUCACAUAUAAUAAUGUAUCCUCUCAGAAAGGAUACGAUAAGCUUGGGUUCUAAUAUUAUUUCAGAGGGAUGUGCAUUAGUGCAGGAGAGCAAUUUUAAUAGAUGACCAAACCACUGGGGAGCAGAAAGAGAAAUUUAAAGUGCAAUAAAGAAGUCAGAAUGGCAAUAUAUUCCUUCAGCUACAGAAGUGUAGGCAGGCUUUCCACCGGGAGAGGCACUCCUUGCUUGUACGUUUCACAAUACUUUAUUCCUUUGUCAGUGAGAAGUUUCUUCUGUGAGGCAAUGCUGUAUUGCGCAACAAGUAUGGAGGGAGUAAACCUCCCAGCAGCAAGGAUGCUUACACUUUGGGACUUGUAUGAUAUAAAAGAUCGUUUUUUUCCUGUGGCACCAGUAUUAAAGACUAAAAUAGUUAGUUUUGUCAUUCCAAUUUAAAAGAACAGUCUCCUGCAUGUACCAAAUGUUGAUUACAACACUUAUUUGCAUGAGUAAAUAAGAACUUUGGUUGAUCAGCACUAAAUUCCUAAUCCUAAAAUCUUAACACUUUGCCCUAGACACAAAUCGGUUUAUCGGGGAGAAGUGAGUUAUAUAGCAGCAAAAGAGUUGGGAGUGCUGAUCUACCUGAACUGAGGCCUAGCAUUGAUUUAGCACCUGGGCACAAUUUCACUGAAUACUGUAAAUAUUAAUAUAUCAUAGUGCUGUUUGUGAAGAUUCUCAUUCUUCCAGGUCAUGGUAUAUCUGUAGAAAUUCUGAAUUGAGAAAGCCAGUUGGGUGACUGGUGAAACGUCUUCAAGAAAAACACAGCAAGUCCAGUUGAUUUGACUUAUUUAUACAGAUAUAUCAGAGUUUCAAGUUGCUGCGUCGAACAAGUUAAUAAAAACGUAUUUUUUAAAAAAUAA